CAUCUGAACUUACCACUGCGUGCAAUACCGUAAGAAUGCCUACGCUUAACGUCAUCACAAACGUUCCGUGCGACCGAGUGACUAGCUCGGAUGUCCUCAAAGCGCUCAGCAAGGCCGUGUCAAAAUCUGUCGGCAAGCCGGAGCAGUGGGUGAUGUGUAGCCUGACCACCGACAAGCCCAUGAUCUACGGUGGUUCGGAGGAGCCUUGUGCGUUUGGAUACUUCAUGUCCAUUGGGGCCAUUGGAGGCGACGUGAACCAGCCGAAUAUCCGGCAGAUCUCCGCGGCGAUAUGCGAGGUGCUCUCAACGCAUCUGGGCGUCCCCGCGGCCCGCGUGUACAUCGAGUUUUCGGACGUCAAUGCCUCAGAUGUCGGCUGGAACGGGUCCACCUUUGUAUAGAUAAACAGACAGACAGAUAUACGGACAUACUGACAGACAGACAAACAGACAGACAUACGGAAGGACGAUGAGACGGAGGGGGGAUGGAGGAAGGGAUACGCGGACGAGUUGGAUGGUUGGCUGUCUGGACGGAUGGGUUUCACACCUGCCAGGUUGAGCCUGCCUAGCUGCUGUAUUUCGUAGGCAACCUCCUGUCGCUCAUGCCCGACGCCAAUCGCGUUAUUGUAAAGUUGGCGCGAAAUCAUUGUGACAGAAAAGGAGCAAAGGUUUUUUCGGAGCACCUGGGCUGGUGCCAGGAUGCCAUCCACGGCAAUCGGCAAGGCAUCGAAGCGCCCUGGCUUGUAUCGGAGGCCAGGUAAAAACAGGUCGCGGCGUGCAAACACGGUUGCAUCGUGCGUGUGUGUGUGUGUGUGUGUGUUUUACCAGCGUGCGGAUGCCGCUGCUGCCGCGGCAACGGCAGCAGCAGCAGUAGCAACCGCCACAAAAAUCCACUUAGCGACAUGUUGAGGUUGCUACAUUUCAUUUUAAUGUAGGGCAAUUGGGAAGGAAGUACUGCUGUCCUUAUUAACUGGUCUAUUCCUUCCGGUGUUCGUUGAUCAACUGUCCGCGCUUCUGGUGUUAGUUGUUGGUUGCUGGGUGGAGCAGCAGGAGCAGCAGCGGCAGAGUUGCCCAGCAGCAUGCCACAUGGGCCUCCUGUGUGUUGCGGUUUUCAUGAACACGUCCGGUCGUACAACACCACCUUCAAAGCCUGUGAAUUACCAUUAUAACCUCACUGGCAAUCUACUCGUGUUACACAUGUACUCG